UGCAGCAGCUGAGAAAGUAGUGGACAGUGCUGCAAAAUGGUGAAGAUCACAUUCUACGAGGAAAAUCAUUUCCAGGGCCGCUGCUAUGAGUGCAGCACCGACUGUGCCGACCUGCACUCCUACUUCAGCCGCUGCAACUCGGCGAGGGUGGAGAGCGGGGCCUGGGUGCUUUAUGAGAAACCCAACUACAAGGGCUACCAAUACAUCCUGAGCCCAGGGGAGUACACAGACAACCAGCAAUGGAUGGGAUUCAACGAUAGCGUCAAGUCCUGCCGCGCCAUCAAAAACGUGUAUGGCAACGUGUGGAAGCUGAGGCUGUACGAGAGGCCAGACUUCGGCGGUCAGAUGGUGGAGUGGGCCGAGGACUGCCCCUCGGUCUACGAGGCCUUUAAGUUCCGCGAGGUGUACUCGUGCAUGGUGACCCACGGCGCCUGGGCCUUCUACGAGCUGCCGAACUACAGGGGACGCCAGUACUUCCUGGAGCGCCGGGAGUACCCCCGCCACACAGACUGGAGCGCCGCCACUGCCGCCGUGGGCUCCUUCCGCAGGAUCACCGAGUUCUAGGGCUCUUUGACCUUUGACCGUGGGAUCGAGUUGUUCUCUGGUCUUAUUGAGUCUGUGUGACAUGAUCCAAUAAAAAUUUAAAAAACUA